AUGGGUUGCCGGGUGUGGCUGCAGGAAAGCAUCUCGCUUACGUUGGGGCAGUGCGUUGGCUUUAAACUGCCGCGGCGCCUUCGUAAGGCUCUUGUGGCGUUGGCUGCCUGCUUCCUUUUUCUGUUGCGCAUUGGUUUUGCGAGAACUGAAUUUGUAAGGGGUUGCUGCUUUUUUUUUUUGGCUGCCUUGUUGUGGCAUCGAGGACUGUUCUUCCGCUUUUUUUGGGAAGGCCGAAAUUCGAAAAGCCAGGCAUUGGCGCCUUCGGCGCCUUCUCGCCUUUUUGCGGGGCGGUUUGCGUCGGGCGGCCGCGGUUGCGUUUUUUAA